AUGGACAAGAUUAACCGACCAGAUCGCCUCGAAGCGACAAACAACUACCCCGGAAUGCUUGAAAUUCUAUCCCCGGAAAGAUUUCUUGAGCGCGGCACUGCAAUUACUACUGCUAUCCAAGCAGCAAUCAAUGCCAACCCAGUCAUAGACGUUUCGUAUCCAGAUUGGAGUACCCGCUACGUAAAUAUCCACAGUGUUCACAAUCAAGUGCUUCCAGAUCUCGACGGAUUCAACCGAGUUUUCUCAGAUCCAGAGUUGCAGAUUGAAAGCGCAGGUGCUCAUUGGUCCUUCUACACGUUCUUUUCCAGAGCAGCUAUCGAUGCUGAAGAUGAUGUGAGCAAGUUGUUAGAUUAUGAUAGUGUUGCACAGAUGUUCGUUUCUCCGAAAACUGGAACUGCCUUCAUGACUUUCUCAAAUGCAGCGGCUGAUAUUGACAUCCCCGACGUCGAUACACAGCGUUUGUAUAAUAGCGAGCUUCUCUAUCAAGGAUGGCGCGAUGCAUGCGCUGCGCAGUUGGCGAAUGGUACCAUGAAUAAAUCGCAACUCCGAAAACUCAAGUAUAUCAUCUGCGGUCCCAUUGUCAAUCUUGGAACUCUUUGGACAAUCCGCGAUGUUCUUACAUCCCAGGAAGUUCCCGAGUUCUUAGCAGGUCAGAAAUCCAGGUUCACGGUUGAUUCCUCGAUGAGUCUCGAGCUCAAGCUGUUGAUGGGCACUGCUAAUGGCAGACCAUUUGGCAGAUUAUGCGCGGACCAUGCUCAGACAUUGGGCAAGAAACAAAUAGAAAAGAUUCACAUCUUCUAUCCUUUCACAGAAACCAACGAAGGCACAUUGGUGUUUGAACUGAAUGAAGACUCCCCAGUCGAAAUUCAGAGAAGACCAACCGCCCGUGAGAGAAUCAUCGCAUUGGCUAAGUCAAACAACACGGCACCCACACCUCUUACCAAAUCAGGUACAACCAAAGUCAGCCGAAAAGUCAGUGAAAGGAUGAAAGGCUUGAUGAAGAAGUUUGAGAACUGA